GAGAGUUGGAUCAAGACUGGACCUGAGAACACCAGAGACCAUGGUGGAGAGAGUUGGAUCAAGUUUGGACCUGAGAAAUGGAUUCCUCAGAGCUGUAAGACUUGUGACCAUGUUGAGGACUCCACACACUGGCUUCAGAUUGAACCCUUGACUUCCACUGUCCAGGGAGUGACAAUGUUCAGGCACAGGACACCCAGAGGGAGUUAUGAGUGCACAGUGUCUGGGCUCCGCUGGCUGUGUGAGAGAGAUGUCAUUCUGAAGUAUCACUUCAGGAACUGGGAACCCUACAGUCAACUUCUGAAAGACAUGCAGUACACACAAGGUGGUCCAUUGCUGGACAUCACUAUGGAGUUAGGUGAACUGGAGGAAGUUCAUCUGCCACACUGUGUCUGUUUAGGGACCAACCCUUCCCUGAGGAAUGAGAUGAAGAUUCUUCAUGUAGAGGAACAUGGAGUGUCUUUAGAGGAAGUGCAUGAGGUCACCAGAUUCCAUGCUAAGAUUCUCCAUCCCAAGUUCUCACCUAUCUCUCUGAUACUGAGAUUACUGUCUAGGAACGUAGAUGUCCACUGUGAGCUGUUGCUCUAUCUGACAGUGAUGAAGGAAACACUAAUUCCACGCCUGUACCUGUUCCCCAGUGACCCCGGCCAGAUACAGGCUGUGGAACAACAGGAAAUAAAGUUUCAAGGGUCUAAAAGGAUUCCCAUCACAAGACCAGAGCGGUCCUUCAAACUGAAGAGUUCCUUCAGACUGAACAUUCCCUGUUCUACCUCCAUCAAUCCACCGGUACAGUUUUAG